GAGGCACGAGCGCCCGCGCGCGGGACUUGGCCAGACUGUGCGCAGCCCGCCCGGGGACGGAAGCACCGACCGUGGUCCUGCUCGUGGAGCCGCGCACAUACAGAGAUACACACACGCAUACAGAUACACGCACACAGAUACACACCGCCCCGCUGAGUCUGCGUCUGCGAACCGGCUUCGUCCCAAUAUGAGCAGCUUCGUCCGCGCUGACAGACACCAGUUUAUGAUGCAUUAUUACCACAGAAGAAAUUCAUGUCUAUAGCUUUUAAGGACUUGGUUACAUCAUUUUCAAGCCUGGUAGUUUUGGAAUCAUCAUUGCAGCCCAAGACGCAUCUAUCUGCAUUUCAAUAACCGUCUUCAUAUAAGAAGAUAUUGAAAGUGACAUACUCUGCUUUAAUACACCUGUGUCAUUGGAUUAUUCAGGAUCCCCCAGUUGUAAAUUUACAGUUGUAUUUAGCAGCCAAAAACAGCAAAAUGAUUCCUAAUGGGUAUUUGAUGUUUGAAGAUGAAAAUUUCAUCGAGUCAUCUGUUGCCAAAUUAAACGCCUUGCGCAAAAGUGGUCAAUUCUGCGAUGUACGACUCCAGGUGUGUGGGCAUGAGAUGUUGGCGCACAGGGCAGUCUUAGCUUGCUGCAGUCCCUACUUGUUUGAAAUAUUCAAUAAUGACAGUGAUUCUCAUGGAAUUUCACAUGUUAAAUUUGAUGAUCUCAAUCCAGAAGCUGUUGAAGUCUUGUUGAAUUAUGCCUACACUGCUCAGUUAAAAGCUGAUAAAGAACUGGUAAAAGAUGUGUACUCUGCAGCAAAGAAGUUGAAGAUGGAGAGAGUCAAGCAGGUUUGUGGCGAUUAUUUACUCUCCAAGAUGGAUGUUCAGAGCUGUAUCUCUUACCGGAACUUUGCAAGUUGUAUGGGAGAUUCACGUUUGUUAAACAAGAUUGAUGGUUACAUUCAGGAGCAUUUGUUGCAGAUUUCAGAACAGGAAGAAUUCCUCAAACUUCCACGAUUAAAGCUUGAGGUAAUGCUUGAAGACAAUGUUGGUCUGCCCAGCAAUGGAAAAUUAUACACAAAGGUAAUCAACUGGGUGCAGCACAGUAUCUGGGAGAACGGAGACAGUCUAGAAGAUCUGAUGGAAGAGGUUCAAACGUUGUACUACUCAGCUGAUCACAAGCUGCUUGAUGGGAAUCUUCUAGAUGGACAGGCUGAGGUGUAUGGCAGUGAUGAUGACCACAUUCAGUUUGUGCAGAAAAAACCACCACGUGAGAAUGGUCACAAGCAGAUAAGUAGCAGCUCCUCUGGAAGUCUUUCUCCAAAUGCCACUGUACAGAGCCCUAAGCAUGAAUGGAAAAUCGUUGCUUCAGAGAAGACUUCGAAUAAUAUCUACCUGUGUCUUGCUGUUCUGGAUGGUGUAUUUUGUGUGAUCUUCCUUCAUGGACGGAACAGUCCUCAGAGCUCUCCAACUAGUACUCCACGACUCCUGAAAAGUCUGAGUUUUGAGAUUCAACCAGAUGAUGUUAUAGAGAAGCCCAUGUCUCCUAUGCAGUAUGCAAGAUCAGGAUUGGGAACAGCAGAACUUAAUGGCAAGCUAAUAGCCGCAGGUGGCUAUAACAGAGAGGAAUGUUUGCGCACAGUGGAAUGCUACGACCCCCAGAAGGACUGCUGGAGUUUCAUCGCACCUAUGAGAACUCCAAGAGCUAGAUUCCAAAUGGCUGUUCUAAUGGGACAUCUGUAUGUCGUAGGUGGAUCAAAUGGCCACUCAGAUGACUUGAGCUGUGGAGAAAUGUAUGAUCCAGAAAUAGAUGACUGGACUCCUGUUCCAGAACUGAGAACCAACCGUUGCAAUGCAGGAGUAUGUGCUCUGAAUGGAAAGCUGUAUAUUGUUGGUGGCUCAGAUCCUUACGGUCAAAAGGGACUUAAAAAUUGCGAUGUGUUUGAUCCUGUAACAAAAUCUUGGAUGAACUGUGCUCCCCUUAACAUUCGUCGACAUCAGUCAGCAGUAUGUGAAUUGGGUGGAUAUUUAUACAUAAUUGGAGGAGCAGAAUCUUGGAACUGUCUGAAUAGCGUGGAGCGCUAUAAUCCAGAGAAUGACACCUGGAUGCUAAUUGCUCCUAUGAAUGUGGCUAGACGUGGAGCAGGAGUGGCUGUUCACGAUGGAAAACUUUUUGUUGGUGGAGGCUUUGAUGGUUCUCAUGCUGUCAGCUGUAUGGAGAUGUAUGAUCCUUCUAAAAACGAAUGGAAGAUGAUGGGAAAUAUGACUACUCCAAGAAGCAAUGCUGGCAUUACAACUGUUGCAAAUACCAUUUAUGCAGUUGGAGGAUUUGAUGGCAAUGAAUUCCUGAAUACUGUUGAAGUGUAUAACCCAGAAUCAAAUGAAUGGAGCCCAUAUACAAAGAUUUACAAAUUUUAGCCCAUUUGAGUCCCCUUUCGAACUAACAGGCUUAGUGAUGUAAUUGUGUGUUAAUAGAGGUACACAUGUGAAUAGAGUUGGGGAGAGCAUAGAAGUUGCCAAAAGCAACACAAAGCUUUUGCAUAUUGCAUAUUAUUAAUGUGCUGUAUAUAUUUGUUUUGGAAAGACUAUAAAGAUGAAGGGUUUUUUGUGUAUUUCAGAACUUUAAAGUUCUAGUUUGUUUUUUUUUAAAGAUCUUGAGGAUUGGUAUUGCAAGAGAAACUAAACUGAUUGGGCAUAUCAUUUCAGGAGCUCCCCCCAUGUUUGUUUUGCCAAUUUGCACAUUGAGUAUUUUUUUUUAUUAGAAUGUGUUUCUGGGACAGGAGGGUAGGGGUUUGGGGUAAUAGGCAGUUGUUUUUUCUGGCCUCUUUCUCUUCAGUAACUGGAACAAUCUGUAACAAGAAGCCUUAUUUAAAUAGAUACAAUGGCUAUUUUUUUUAUUAUAAAGCUGACAUGCCUGCCAAUACUUAAUCUUUUAUGAUUGCCUUUUUAUAACAGUUUUUAUAUAGUCAGCAGAGUAUUUUACCUGCUGAUGUGAAAGUGGCAGUUAUUGAAGUAGAGAGACAAUCUUGGAGUUCAUAGGCUGAGUGGGACACUGGAUUUACCACUGUACGUGAGCUUCUAAGCUUUUACCUCUGCUACAGUAUACUUAUGCAACAGUGAUAUUUCAUUAGAUUUUGAAUGGAGUUUCUGAACAUAACAUAGCUGUGACUUUUUAGCAUUUGAAAAUCAUUUUGGCUCCAAAUACUUUGACAAAUGCAGAGGGGUGCUUUCUUUACAGCAGUUUUGUUACAACUGUUGAGCUAACAUUUGUAAAAGUAAAACACACAACAAACCAAGUGUGUAUUCUCAUAUUUUUAGACUGAUGCUAGUAGGUAAUGAAAGCAUUUAUCUAUUUAAAUUAGUAACUGUAUUUUUCUAAUACUGCAAGCUAGAUUGUGCUAUAAUACAAGCUGUAUUUGAUUCACAAAUACUCAUAGUACUAUGUUUUGGUUCAUUUUCUCUAUUCAGAUGGAUAAAGAAUAUUGGUUGGGAUGACUUGGUGUCUAAUGUGUAGUGCUGCACAUCUAACUUUUGGUGCCAAAGUUAGCACUUAAUGCUUGCUGCUGAUGCAAACACAUUAAAAGGUACCUUUUGGAAAUCCUUGCACCACA